UUUUUGCCACCUACUCAGUAUGACACUGAGCCUGAUGGCACUCCCCCAACAAGUAUAAACUCAUUCUUUCUUCAAUCUCUUCCAAAAAAAAGAGCAAUUUUGACAUUCUCUAGUUGAAGAAAAAGAGAAAGAGAAGGAGAGAGAAACAGAAAAAGAAAAGAGAGAUGAAGAAUCGAAAUGUGGUUAUUGGGAAGCCAUUCUUCAUCACCUUCAUGAUUGCCGUGGUAGUAAGCGGCACUCUGAUGAUCACCAUCUUAACCCGCUCAUCCGCCACCACCACCAACUCCAUCCUCUGCACAUUCGCGGGCUCUCUCGCCUCCACCACCGACACCACCACCCCCAUCCAACUCCUCUCCAUCCUCCACUACGCCACCUCACCCGUCGUCCCACAACAAUCCCGUUCCGAGAUCCAAAUCACCCUCGAUGUCCUCAAGACUCUCUCUCCUUGCAACUUCCUCGUCUUCGGACUCGGACACGACUCUCUCAUGUGGUCCUCUUUAAAUCCACGUGGCACCACCCUAUUUAUUGAGGAAGAUAUUCGGUGGGUCCAACGUGUUUUAAAAAACGCUCCAAGCUUACAUGUCCACCCCGUCCAUUACGAGACCCAGCUCUCCGACGCCGAUCACCUCCUCUCCUCGUACCGGUCCGACCCGAGAUGCCUACCCCCUAACGUGUUCCUCCGCGGUAACACCCCGUGCAAGUUAGCACUCAGCAAUUUUCCGGACGAGUUUUAUGAGAAGGAGUGGGAUGUGAUCAUGAUUGAUGGGCCGAGGGGUUACUUCAAGCAGGCCCCGGGGAGGAUGGCGGUGAUAUUCUCGGCGGCAGUGAUGGCUAGGGCUAGAAUGCGCCCAGGGGUGACACAUGUUUUCCUUCACGACGUGAAUAGGAGGGUUGAGAAGGCGUUUGCGCAUGAGUUCUUGUGUGAGAAAAAUAGGGUGGAGUCUGUGGGGAGGCUGUGGCAUUUUGAGAUACCUCCUGCUUCUAAAGUGAGCGGUGGAGGCCACAGUUUCUGCUAAGAUGAGCCGGACUGAAUAUGUUUAUUAUGCUAUUGAUUAUUUUUUGAGUGUUUUUAUUAUUGCUAUUUGAUUUAGGAGAUCAUUGAUUAAUGUUCCAUUUUUUUCCUCCUUUUUUUAAUUCCACUUGAAUUUAUAAUCCAAUAGUAGCUUUUUGAUGUAUGUGUUCUUACAAUGAAGUGAAAUGAUUGUUGAUUUUGCGAGUUUUUUUAUUAUAUACAAAUGA